GUGGCCGUGCUGGUCAUGCUCGCAUGCGAACAUAAGCCCUCGUCGGAAAUCAGCCAUCUCUUCUCACACUCAUGCCGUCAGUUCUCCCUCGGAGGAGUUUUAGGGUUUUUGUUUACGUCCCUUCCCAAAAUCUAGGGUUUUAACCACCAUUUCUUUCAUCGAUUUUUUCUCAACCAAUGCAUUCCGGUUUCUGAUUUCUCCUAUAAAAACGCUAUUGACUGGGACUUGGUAAAUUGCUCUCUCCAUCGAAGACCUACUGUGAACCGAAGCGGAGGAGAUCAAUAGUCAUGGCGAAGACGAAGCCAGGGAAGAAAGACUUGGAUUCCUAUACGAUCAAAGGCACCAACAAGGUUGUCAGAGCGGGAGAUUGUGUUUUGAUGCGCCCCUCGGACUCCGAUAAGCCUCCUUAUGUGGCUCGAGUGGAAAAGAUCGAAGCAGAUAAUCGGAAUAAUGUGAAGGUCCGGGUGAGGUGGUACUAUCGGCCGGAGGAAUCGAUUGGAGGGCGGAGGCAGUUCCAUGGAGCGAAGGAGUUGUUUCUGUCGGACCACUAUGAUGUGCAAAGUGCUCAUACCAUCGAGGGGAAGUGUACUGUCCACUCGUUUAAGAACUACACCAAACUCGAGAAUGUCGGUGCCGAGGACUACUUCUGUCGAUUUGAGUACAAGGCUGCCACCGGGGGAUUCACCCCUGACCGAGUGGCAGUGUAUUGCAAGUGCGAGAUGCCUUACAAUCCCGAUGAUCUCAUGGUUCAGUGUGAAGGAUGUAAAGACUGGUUUCAUCCUUCUUGUAUGGGCAUGACCAUAGAGCAAGCAAAGAAAUUAGAUCACUUUUUAUGUUCUGAUUGUUCAUCUGAAGAUGAUGCCAAAAGAUCCAUGAACACAUUUCCUGUCUCACCACCUGUUGAGCCUAAGGUCUAAGAUGAGCAAGAAUUGCAUACUAUGCCCUAAGUGAUUGUUCAAUGAUUUGAUCAUGAAGACAAUAAUGAACUCUAUGGCCAUCUGGCACUUGAGCAUACAGCCUCAUGACACUAAUCUGCAUUUUCUGUGGGAAUGAAGAUCUUUAGGUAGUGCUGUUAUGGUUUCAUUCAUCAUCUGUAGAGAGAACUAGGAAAGAGUGAAGCUUCAUCUGAUAAUGUGGAAGUCCUAGUCUUCUAUAACUGAAGGAUGAAGUCUCUCUUAGAAGACCAGUCAUGUUUGAGGGAGCUUCAAGAAUUAUGUCGUUUAAGUGGUGGACUUUGAUAAGAGAUCCGUUGAUAUCCUUGAAAACAUGAACGAGAAAUUCUCUUCUCACCUUAAUCAAGU